AUGUUUGAUCCAACUCGUAAAGAUUAUUUACAUCAACAUAUGCAAGGACUUACACCAGAAGAAAGAAUUUGUUAUAAUUAUUUUCGUCGUAAUGGAAUUCUCCUUCCAUUCGGUUUUCCAAAUACUCAUCAUGAUACACCAAAUAAAUUUAUCUUGGAUCCUGAACACGGUUGGACAACGACAGAUUGUUCGGACCCACUUUCUGGAUGGGAUUUGCUUAAAGUUGUUCAGGUCGAGAAUGGAACUGCAAAAGAUGACCUUUAUGGGAAACUCUACUUUUAUCUCCGCAAUCAGUUAGAAUUAUUUGUUGAUCGAUUACAAAAUUUAAACAUUAAAUUUGAUUUAUAUGAUGAAGAUGCACUCAACCUUAGUCAAAAGAUUAAAAAGGAACGAUUUGAUCGAAUUUAUGUAUCUAAUAUUUGUGAUGAAGUAUAUUGUGGAAUUGAACCUGUAUUAACAAAGCUUUAUCCACUUUUGAAUAAUAAUAAUCCUAAUACAACAUUGAUUGCCUUAUUCAUGAAUUGGUUACCUUCAAUUCCAUCAUCUGCUAUAAAAGAAUCGAUUAAUACUAUCAUGAAAAGAUUAGAUAUUAAUGAACCACCUUCGACAUUACAGGAUACACUUGACACAGUUUUAACUUUAACGACUAAAGCUGAUCUUGAAGUUAAUGCUUUAUAUGAUCAUACACGUCAAUUUAAAGCAUAUAUGGAAAAGAUGAAAGCGAAUGCAAUUGCAGAAAAAGUUGGAUUAUAUCGUCGAAAGAUUCAUAAAAUUGUGCCUAAGAGAAUUUAUGGUAGUAUGAAGAAAAAUGAACAAGACAAAGCAUUAUCAUUUGAAGAUGAAAGGGUGAAACAUCUAUUGUAUGAAGUGGGAUUUCAUACAUUCAAAGAACAUUAUGUCGAGUGGAAAAUUGCGGCUUAG